GUUUUGGUUUAGUUUGAUUUUUUCCGGUAUAGUUAUCUUCAAUUUGGUUUCGGUUAACUCCCUCUCGAAAUCGUUAAACCAUAAACGUAACGACUUUUCAUCACUUCACUUCCCAUCGCUCCACACAAAUCUCCGAUUCACAGAUCUGUGAUCAAUCCGUUAAGCAAACCGCACUCAUCAAACCAUCGCCGGCCGAUCUGGAUCCGUCAAAGGAUCCGCCGCAGUCCUUGUCCUCCGCCACCGGCCACAAGAUCCGUUACCGUUCCCCCUCCGCCUCCGAGCUACUCGAGUCAGGUCUCGCCACUUCCCCCACCUCCGACUCCACCGACGGCGCGAAGAUGACGGCGAAGCGAGCGAUCGGGAGGCACGACUCGAUCUCCGAUAAGAUCCGUCGGCAUCGCGGUCUCCUGCUCGUGAUCUCGAUCCCAAUCGUGUUGAUCACUCUCGUGAUUGUGUUAAUGCCGGGGACGUCUGAUUACGCGUUGAAAGGAGGAUCGGAUUCGAAGAAGUACGCAGUGAUUUUCGAUGCGGGGAGCUCGGGAAGCCGUGUCCAUGUUUAUUGCUUUGAUUCGAAUUUGGAUCUUGUUCCUUUGGAGAAUGAGCUUGAGCUCUUCCUUCAGCUAAAGCCUGGAUUGAGUGCGUAUCCUAAUGAUCCUAGACAAUCAGCAAACUCUUUGGUGACGCUUCUUGAUAAAGCAGAGGACUCUGUUCCUAGUGAGUUGCGUCCCAAGACUCCUGUUAGAGUUGGGGCGACUGCUGGUUUGAGAGCUUUGGGUCAUGAAGCUUCUGAAAACAUUUUGCAAGCGGUUAGGGAGCUCUUGAAAGAUCGAAGUAGGUUGAAGACUGAGGCAAAUGCAGUUACUGUUCUGGAUGGUACUCAAGAAGGUUCUUACCAAUGGGUGACCAUCAACUACUUGCUAAAGACUUUGGGGAAGCCUUACUCUGAUACGGUUGGAGUGGUUGAUCUUGGAGGGGGGUCUGUUCAGAUGGCAUAUGCUAUAUCAGAGGAAGAAGCUAAAACAGCACCAAAACCAUUACAAGGCGAGGAUUCUUAUGUCAGAGAAAUGUAUCUCAAGGGACGAAAGUAUUUCCUCUAUGUUCACAGCUACCUACAUUACGGGUUAUUGGCUGCUCGAGCAGAGAUUUUGAAAGUUUCCGAGGGCUCUAACAACCCCUGCAUUGUCACCGGCUAUGAUGGUACUUACAAGUAUGGUGGAACGGCGUUUAAAGCCGCUGCUUCUCCAUCCGGUGCAAGUGUAGACGAAUGCCGGAAAGUAGCUCUAAAGGCACUCAAAGUCAAUGACUCAGUGUGUACACACAUGAAAUGCACAUUCGGUGGAGUGUGGAACGGUGGAGGCGGUGGUGGCCAAAAGAAUAUGUUUGUCGCAUCAUUUUUCUUUGAUAGAGCCGCAGAGGCUGGUUUCGUUGACCCGUCGCAACCAGUGGCUACGGUUCGUCCAGCUGACUUUGAGAAAGCAGCGAGCCAAGCGUGUAACAUGAAAAUAGGAGAAGGGAAAACAAAGUUCCCACGUGUGGAGGAAGACAAUCUUCCUUACCUGUGCUUGGAUCUUGUUUACCAAUACACUCUUCUCGUUGAUGGAUUCGGAUUGAAGCCAUCACAGACAAUAACGUUAGUGAAGAAGGUGAAGUAUGGAGAACACGCCGUGGAAGCUGCGUGGCCACUAGGAAGCGCCAUAGAGGCCGUAUCCUCGCUAUGA